CGCCUCUUCGCUUCCAAGAUGACCAAGAAAAGAAGGAACAAUGGUCGUGCCAAAAAGGGCCGCGGCCACGUGCAGCCUAUUCGCUGUACCAACUGUGCCCGUUGCGUGCCCAAGGAUAAGGCUAUUAAGAAGUUCGUCAUUCGGAACAUCGUAGAGGCCGCAGCCAUCAGGGACAUUUCAGAAGCGAGUGUUUUCGACGCCUAUGUGCUUCCCAAGCUGUAUGUGAAACUGCAUUACUGCGUGAGUUGUGCCAUUCACAGCAAGGUAGUCAGGAAUCGUUCUCGGGAAGCCCGGAAGGACCGAACACCUCCACCCCGAUUUAGACCUGCUGGUGCUGCCCCACGACCUCCACCAAAGCCCAUGUAAGGAGCUAAGUCCUUAAAGACUAAAGAAAUACUGUUCCCUGGAAAGACAAUAAAGUGGAAAUUAUACUUUAAAAAAAAAAAA